AUGGCUUCUUCCAUCAAAAUCUCUAGGCUCAUUUCUCGCUCAAUUUCUUCUGCAUCUUCUUCUACCUUGUUCUCUCGAGGUGGGAAUGGCGGUUAUCGGGGUGGAUUACUUGCUAAAUAUAGCACAGCUGUUGUUGUUGAUGAACAGCCGAUUAAACCGUUGGUGCAAGUAGAGCAUAUUGGGCUCUUAAUUGAUGGAAAGUUUGUUGAUGCUGCUUCUGGGAAAACAUUUCCAACAUUGGAUCUGAGGACCGGGGAAGUGAUUGCUCAUGUUGUGGAGGGUCACUCUGAAGAUAUUGAUAUGGAUGUUGCAGCUGCACGCAAAGCAUUCGAUAUAGGCCCGUGGCCUAAGAUGACAACCUAUGAAAGGCAAAAGAUAAUGUUGCAUGCUGCUGAUCUGAUUGAGAAACAUAACGAUGAGAUUGCGACACUUGAGACUUGGGAUAAUGGGAAGCCGUAUGAACAAUCUCGUCAAGUUGAAAUUUCAAUGUUGACAUUGCAUGAACCGAUUGGUGUUGCUGGUCAGAUUAUUCCAUGGAACUUCCCUCUUCUCAUGUUUGCUUGGAAGGUCGGUCCGGCGUUGGCAUGUGGCAACACUGUCGUUAUGAAAACAGCAGAGCAGACACCACUGUCUGUGUUGUAUACAGCAAGACUAUUUCUUGAGGCUGGACUUCCUCCUGGCGUGUUGAAUAUAGUGUCCGGCUUCGGUCCAACGGCAGGUGCUGCUCUUGCUAGUCACAUGGAUGUUGACAAGGUUGCAUUCACUGGUUCAACUGCAACCGGAAAAUUUAUUCUUCAGCUUGCAGCUCAAAGCAAUCUUAAACAAAUCAGGCUGUUGGAGCUUGGCGGGAAAUCUCCGUUUAUUGUAUGCGAAGAUGCUGACGUAGAUCAGGCUGUUGAGCUAGCACACUUUGCCUUAUUCUUCAAUCAAGGACAAUGUUGUUGUGCUGGGUCUCGUACAUUUGUACAUGAACGUGUGUGUGACGAGUUUGUCGAGAAAGCUAAGAUCCGCGCUUUGAACCGUUCUGUUGGAGAUCCAUUCAAGUCAGGAAUAGAACAAGGCCCUCAGAUUGAUUCAAAGCAAUUUGAGAAAAUAUUGAGAUAUAUCAGAUCUGGUGUCGACACUGGGGCUACUCUUGAAACUGGCGGAGAAAGGCAUGCCAGCAAGGGCUACUAUAUUCAGCCUACUGUUUUCUCAGACGUUCAGGAUGACAUGCCGAUCGCAAAAGAAGAGAUAUUUGGUCCAGUACAAACCAUAUUAAAAUUCAAGAACAAUGAAGAUGUAAUUCAAAGAGAAAACAAUUCGAAGUAUGGUCUUGCAGCAGGGAUCUUCACACAAAACAUAGACACUGCUAAUACUUUGACAAGAGCAUUGAAAGUUGGGACAAUUUGGGUGAAUUGUUAUGAUGUAUUUGAUGCUACAAUUCCUUUUGGUGGGAUUAAGACUAAAUAG